GGCUGCUGGCUUUGUGCGCUGCGCGUUUUAUUUUUGCGUCUGGGAGAGCUGCUGCUGCACUGGUCUGGGCGUUCGCGGCGGCGGCGUAAAGCUGGUUUGCUUUACAUGCCUCGUGAUCUCUGCUACCUCUGUAUAGCCAUGCAGCAGCGUGGCGCAGCACUGCAGCGAUGCUGUGCCUUUGCGAUUACGGCGUUUUACGCAUCGUUCGCCGCAGAACCGCUUUACUGAGCUUCAGCCGCCAGUGAUGCUAGCGACAGUAAGACACUAGCAAAGACAAAAGCAGACAGUCAAAACACGCCGCGCUGGCGAGCAUCGGUGCAAGACGACACGCUACACGCGCCCAGGGACACCCCAGCUGCAGUGUGAACGCCUGCGCACUUGCUGUCCGCGCAGAGAAAAGCAAAAGAGUCUCUGAGAGCCCCAAGUCAUUUGCAUCGGUCGUCGCACCAUGGCGGGCUCGAAGCGAGCCACGUCAACAACAUCGCCCGCGCCCCGCAAGCGCGCGCGCGCGCCCGCCGCCGCGCCGCAAAAUGGCCAAGCCGCCGACGCGAUGCGCGACGCGUCCCAACGAUUAGAAAAGGAGGCGCCCGCGCUCUGGGCGAACCUCGCCGAGUUCCGCGAGGAGCUCGUGCCGCAGGCGCCCCAUUCUUAUGGGAGCGAGCGCGCGUACUUGAAACAUCUUGAGUUGCUAGUCUACCUGCGAGCGUUACGCGUCACGCUGGCGGCGACGCUCCACGACUCCUCUUGUCGAGUGGACAUCGUCAAAAUAGAUACCAAGGAAGGAACGGGCUGGGGGGGAAGUCGCACCAGCGACGGCCUGAAGAUCUCGCGGAGGGAAGAUAGGGACGGCCUGCAGCGCCGCCUCGAGGUCGUCGACGCCUUCUUGACGUCGUGUAGCGCCUGGCGCGAUUCAAGACUAGAACAGACGGAGCGCAAGCCCCGCUUGUAUCGACUAGCGAGAGCCUACGAGCUGGAACCGAACGGCCGCGACGACCGGCUCUUCACGUGCCUCUGCGUCAUGGCGGCCUGCCAGACGGACGCCGUACGAUGCACGCUCAUCGAGGACGACCACGCGCGGCGGGCGAACCUGCUCUGCCGCCUCGCGGCCUGUAGUGAGCUGGAGGUCGAGGCGUUUGCCGACGCGGAACGGCUCUACGUGAAGGAAAACGUCGUCUUCGUGUCCGACGACGCGGACGCUUACUUGUCGCCCGGUGGCAUACCACCCCUGCGCGUGGCGCGCGUGACGGCUCGAGUUUUACUAGGUGAAACACUACCUCCAGACGAAUUAUUGAAGACGUCUGGCAGUAAGCUGGAGGUUAUUUUGCGGGAGGAAGGGGCCGCCAUGGACGUCCUCGACACGCCGUCCGCAAAACAGAAGCCCCCGGUCAAGACGCCGUCUUCAACAGAUGAUACUCUGGCGGACGUCCUCAAGGCGGCCGCGACGUCGCCCGUCUCUCGGGCGCCGUCGCCGCCGGAGGACGACGAAGUGAAGCCCUACGCGUCCGACAAUGAGCUGGAGUACCUGUCGGAGUUAUUCGAGGUCGUCGCGCUGCACGUGCGGCUCGCCUCGGCCACCAUCAAGAGUAAUAUCAAGGAGCAGUCCGGGACCACUCGAACGUGGUACGCCCAGGAAGAAGGCAAUAAGGCUGGGGCUAGAGAACUGAAGGCUAAGCUGAGGGUGGCCCAGACCAAAGUGUCUCGACGAUGUUCUGUCUCCACAAAACCGCGGUUGCUGCAGCUCGCGACGAAACUAGGUUUAGAUGAGUGGGAGACGAAGGUAGUGGCUUUGUUAGUAGGUAGAACUAUCUCGCCGGCCGUCAAAAGUCUCAUGGAUGGGAUGGAGUCCGGGUCCGCUGUUCAAAGGUUGGACGAUAGCACGACGGUCGGCGCUUUGUUAUCAAUAUUCUGUCCGGAGGGCUUCGCCGACCAAGUCUCGCAUCGGAGACGGUUCUACAAGGGCGCUACGCUUGUGAGACGAGGAGUAGUACGACUCCAAAGGUCGAGGUGGCACUCGUCGGGCUCGGCGGACCUAACGGAACAACGAGUAGAACUAGACCGACGAGUCCUGGACUUCGUCGUAGGCUUAGAUACGGAGAUCGAUGAGCUAGUGGAAGGUUCGGAACUGUAUGCCCCCACGACUCAUCUCGAAGACGUCGUUCUGCCGAGAAAACAGAAAUCACAACUCGUGGAGCUGUGCGCGGCGUUUUUUGACCUGGCGGACCACGCGAAGCGGACGGGCCUGUUCGACCGGGCAGUGCCCUACGGUAAUGGUUUUGUGGUGCUCCUGUGCGGUCCCUCGGGAACGGGCAAGACGAUGACCGUGCACGGUAUUGGCGCGGCGUCCUUCGCACGCCAUCGACGCGACGCGCCUCCGACGACCGUCGUUCGCCACGCAGGUGUAGCAAGAGAACUGAAAAAACGCGUCUUGCAAGUCGACUUCGCGUCGUUGCGAGGCAAGCACCACCAAGGGGGGGAUGAUGUGGAUGCGGAUCUGAGAGGCCUAUUUCGCGAGGCGGAGAUGUCCGAUGCGGUGUUAUUUUUUGAUGAAUGCGAGGCGUUGUUCCGCACGAGGGACCACGGCGGCGCGGACCGAUUGUUGCGGGCGAUGCUCCAGGAGAUCGAGAAGUGCAAGGGUCUCGUGUUUCUGGCGACGAAUCGACCGGCGGAGCUAGAUGAGGCGAUGCACCGGCGUAUUAGUACUGUGGUAGAAUAUGCGCCCCCGGGCGCGUCCGAGAGAAAAGCAAUCUGGGAGGGUCUGGUGGCGAAGGGGAAAGUAGUUACUGACGAGUCAGUAGAUUGGGACGCCGUCGCGCUGAAAUAUGAGCUGUCUGGAGGUUUUAUCAAGAACGCGCUCCUAGCUGCGGUGUUGUUCGCCCUGGCGCGGAGCAAAUCUACACCAAUUGUCAGCGAGCAAGACGUUCGAAGGGGUUGUGCUUUACAGCAAAGAGGAGCCAUGCACAAGCACCACGCCUUGCUAGGUAAAAAAGAUGAGGAGGAUGACUCCGACGCGUCCUUCACGACGCUCGCGUUGCGGCCGGAAUGUAGGAGAGAAUUCGAGCAUUUAGUGGUCUUCGAGCAGCAGCGCGGCAUCGUCUACGGGCGCUGGGGCUUCGCGGACCACAAGGCGCCGAGUGCCACGAUCUGUUUGUUAUACGGUCCGCGCGGCGCCGGCAAGCGGACGUGCGGCCACGCCCUAGCGAAAGCGCUCGGGCGACGGACGUAUGAUGUGGACGCGAGGGACGCGCUCUGCGACGACGCGAAGAAGACGGAGCAGCGGCUCCAGGCGGCGCUCGACGACGCGCGCUUGUCGGAUGCCGUGCCCGUGUUGGACGGGUUCGAACAUGCGUUAGUCGUGCCGUCCGACUCCGGUGUUUUGGACUGCGCGCCGGGUCUAGCUCGCGCUCUAGAUAGACUCGCGCGCUUCCCGGGACCUGUACUAUUGGUGGCGCACAUCGAGGACGUCAGAGGGGUGCGUCUGGCGCCGCAACUCACGAGACGGCUGCGCUUCUCGAUGCCCAUCGGAGCUCCCGAUGCCAAACUCAGAGCGGCGGUCUGGCGGCGCGCGUUACCAUCAAGCGUGCCUCUGGAUGCCGACGUCGAUCUCAAUGUAUUGGGAAGACGCCACGAGCUGCUUCCCGCCUCCAUCGGACGGGCCGUGCUCGACGGCGCCGCGCGGGCCGCGGCGCGCGGCGGCAACGUGACGCAUGGGGACCUGGACGCGGCGGCGGCGCGCGAGGCGAAGCGGCUCCGCGGCGACCACGCGGAUGCUUUAGAUCGGCUCUUCGUUUAACUUCUUUUCUAGUGU